GGGGGUGGAAGAAAACAGCAGAGCAGGAAUCAAAACAAGAGACGGACACGCCCUCGUCAAGACACAGACCCAGAGACAGGGAGACAGACACAGACACGGACACAGACACAGACAGGGACACUGACCGGGACGCGGACACUGAGGUUACAGCCGCUUAGUGAGUCUUGUUCUGCCGCCACAGCCGCACAGAGAGCCGCCGGAGCCGCCGCGCUAAUGGAGUCCACAGACGUGUCCCGCCGCGGCCGCUCGUAGAGGUCGAGAAGCGCCCGGAGUCCCGCACGAUGCCGAACCAGAAGAGCAGCAAGGGGAAGCGGAGCCGCCGCACCAACAGCAGCGGGGACGAGCAGGAAAAUGGAGCCUGUGCGGCGGCGGCAGGGGCCGGGGCUGCGGCGGCGGCAGGGGCCGUGGCGGCGGCGGGAGCGGCAGCGGGAGUCGGAGGAGCGACGGCGGGUGCGGCGGCUGCUGCUGCGCCCCGGAGCGAGCGCUCGAGCGGUAAGACGCGCUCAGAGUGCCAGUGUGCCACGCCCCUGGGCUGCAGCCUCGGCCGCCCCAUCGACCUGGAGAAGGACGACUACCAGCGAGUGCUCUGCAACAACGAGCUCUGCCCGUACGGCAACUGGAUGCAUCUGCAGUGCUUCUACGAGUGGGAGAGCUCCAUCCUCGUCCAGUUCAACUGCAUCGGCCGCGCGCGCUCCUGGAACGAGAAGCAGUGCCGGCAGAACAUGUGGACCAAGAAGGGCUAUGACCUGGCCUUCAGGUUCUGCUCCUGCCGCUGCGGCCAGGGUCACCUGAAGAAAGACACCGACUGGUACCAGGUGAAGCGCACGCAGGACGAGCGCAAGAAGAAGCCGUCUGAGAGGAGCGCGGGCAGGACAGGGGCCAGUGGCGGGGGUGUGGGGUCCGGGGACGGGCCCUUUGAGGAGCCUAAGAAAACCUCGAGUCAGGAUUUACCUCGCAGACAAUCAGUGGACCGACAGAACUCUUCGGAGAGAGGAGCAGCAGUAGGAGGACACUUUCCUCUGGGCCUUCCUCAGAAGUCUCCGUGUGACUCUCCGGGACAAUCUCCUCCCACCGGCUUCUCCCUCUCCCCAACUGCUGCCCCUGGAUCAGGGGGAGCAGGCCUGAGGGGUUCCCGUCAGCUGGGGGAGUUCCUCAAAUCAGCCGUGCACAUGGACCCACAGAGGAAACACCUCCUGGUCGGGGGGGCCCUCAGCAGGGCGGGCGGCUGCUCUGUGGGAGCCUCCGGGGGCGGGGGACCUCACCUGGACCCCGGCUCUGUCCUCCCCCUGCCGCUGUCCUUCGCCCUGCCGCUCCACCACCGCCUCACCUCGGGCAGUGGGGGGGACGGCACCCACUCUCACCCGGUUCAGUUCCUGAGGAGGCUGGACCUCUCGGAGCUCCUGACCCACGUCCCCCGACACAAGCUCAACACCUACCACGUCCGCAUGGAGGACGACGCCCAGGCCGGGCAGGGGGAGGAGCUGCGCAGGUUCAUCCUGUCCGCCCUCAGCGCGAGCCAGAGGAACGUGGUGAACUGUGCGCUGUGCCACCGGGCGCUGCCUGUGUUCGAGCAGUUCCCCCUGGUGGACGGGACCUUGUUCCUCAGCCCCUCGCGCCACGACGAGAUCGAGUACGACGUGCCCUGUCACCUGCAAGGCAGGUUAAUGCACCUGUACGCCAUCUGCGUGGACUGUCUAGAAGGCGUCCACAAGAUCGUCUGCAUCAAAUGCAAGUCACGCUGGGACGGGAGCUGGCAUCAACUGGGAACCAUGUACACCUACGACAUCCUGGCUGCUUCCCCGUGCUGCCAGGCUCGACUGAACUGCAAGCACUGCGGGAAGCCGGUGGUGGACGUUCGAGUCGGGAUGCAGUAUUUCUCCGAGUACAGUAACGUCCAGCAGUGCCCUCACUGCGGCAACCUGGACUAUCACUUUGUUAAACCCUUCUCCUCCUACAAAGUUCUCGAGGCUUAUUGACAAAUGUUGUGUGUGCAUGCUCGUGCGGCUGCUCCAGUUCUCGUUGGUUUUUUUCUAACACAAUCUAGGAAAGAUUUUAUUUUUUUGGGCCUUAUGGUGGUUUUAUGUGUUUUAAGUUCACGCUUUUAUUUUUUAUGUAUAAGGAAAGAGAAUGAUUCUAGUUUAAAAAAAAGGAAAUUAAUAAAUGAAUCCCAGGAUAGGAUCUCUGCUGUUGGAGAAAGGUGUUGAUAAACAAAAAUGUGGCUUUGACGCUUUUAAGUCAAGCAAACACAUUUUACUGUGACAAGUGAAUGUAUCUGUGCGCCAAAAUGUACUUUUAUUUUUUAACAAAAAGAUAAAUAAAGAUGAAUCUUGAAUGAAGCCGAGAAAGAUGAA